AUGGAAACUUUUCAUAUAUACCUACUCAUCUGUAACAUUAUCAUAAAUAUCCUGGAUCAAUUUUACUCUGUAUCAUGGGAAUGCUAUUGAUUUUCCAUCCAACCAGUGCCAGCACGCUGUAGAAUGGACUACUACACUACAAGACUCAGAUCGCCGCUGAAUCAAGCAGGGACCAUAAAGAAGAGAUCGGUACCAAUGUUUUAGUCUAACUAGAGUCAACAUCCACCGCAGAAACGGAGUUUAUACAAACCACGAUGAACUUCUUAAGAAGACGGUUUAGUUCCGGGGACCUCCAGGGGGAACUGAAAGACCGCGACGAAAAUAUCAACGUUCUGAACUUCAAGAAGGGCCCCUCCCCUAGUGCCCCAAGCUCGCCCUCCCGGUCUACCAGCGUGUCAGGAAUGACCCACCCUGGCGCCAAUAAACCCCCCUACAACAAGGACCGAUGUAAGAUCCUCCUGGUGGUGGACGAUCAGCAUACGGACUGGUCCAAGUAUUUUGUUGGAAAGAAGAUAUUUGGUGACUGGGAUGUUAGGGUAGAACAGGCAGAAUUCAGUGAAAUCAAUUUAGCGUCUUAUUCUGACACGGGAACAAUGGUUGACAUCAAAGUCACGAGGAACGGAACCAGAGUUGUUAGGUCCUUCAAGCCGGACUUCCUGUUGAUCCGACAGAGCGUGAAAGAUGCCUGUGAGGACUGGAAGAAUAUUCUGUUAGGAUUCCAGUAUGGCGGAAUCCCUAGCAUCAACUCCUUACACUCACUGUACAACUUCCAAGACCGGCCAUGGGUGUUUGCCCAGUUGAUUCGAAUUCAGAAGAAGCUCGGGAAAGAGAACUUUCCUCUGGUAGAGCAAGCCUACUACCCCAAUCACCGAGAAAUGCUUAUCACACCUAAAUUUCCUGCAGUCGUAAAAAUUGGGCAUGCACAUUCUGGUGUAGGAAAAGUCCGAGUUGCGAACCACCACGACUUCCAGGACAUAGCGGGGGUGGUGGGCGUGAGUCGAUGUUACUCCACCACCGAGCUUUAUGUGGAUACCCUCUAUGACGUCCACAUCCAGAAGAUUGGAAAUAAUUACAAGGCGUACAUGAGGAAGUCAAUAUCGGGAAAUUGGAAGGCGAAUACCGGGUCUGCUAUGCUUGAACAGAUUGCGAUGAAUGAAAGAUUUAAGCUGUGGGUGGACGAGUGCAGUCUGAUGUUCGGAGGGCUAGAUAUGUUAGCUCUGGAGGCCGUGCAAGGAAAGGACGGGAAGGAAUACAUCACCAGUCUCAACGACUCCUCCAUGACUCUUCUGGGAGAGAGCCAAGAGGAGGACAGGCGACAUAUCGUGGACUUGGUUCUGGCAAAAAUGCAGCAUUGUUUGAAACCUACUCCGUCUCUCAGAGCUGUUAGCCGAGCCAUUAGUACCAGCGGUAUUAUGCACAAUUACAUGAACGGAAAUAGGGAUUCCUCUUCAAGUACCCAUAAUCCCCCACCUAGACCUUCACCACCACAAACUUCCCAGACUCAGCAACAUCAGCAACACCAGACUCACCAGCAACAACAACAGCAACAUCAUCAGCAACAACAACACAGACAAAACGGCCCGGCAUCACAAAACCACCCACCCCAGUUUUCUAUAGGGGGUGGGUCUGAAAGAACAACCUCCACGGACGAAGAGGAUACAAUGAAAAACUUACGAAAAACUUUUGCUGGAAUAUUCGGAGACAUGUAGCCCACACAUAUUGAAGUAGUAUUAUAGUCGAGCAAGAUUGACCUAGAGCAAGCAUGUCAGUUGGUUCGUUUUGAAUAACAGUGACGUCAUAAGCAAGCGUCAUGAGCACCCAGAUUCUAGUCGAGCUCGAAUGGCAGUAUGCACUGACGGGACGGGAUGGAUGUACCUCAGUAUUCCAUUAAGUUUUAAGUUAAACUCUAGUGGGUGUAAGACACCUCUGUGGAUUAUACCAAGCCAUAUUGGUGCAUUAAGUGUUCCGAGUUUUGUUAUCAUAAAUAUGUACAUAGUGGUUUAGAUAUUUAGAAUGUCUCGCUUAAAAUUAUCUGGUCAUGGCUUCAAAAUAUAAUAGUGUACUGUAGAGGUGAUUAGCAUAAAAAGUAUUUUAUUCCUCUAUCCUUGAUAAUAACACAGUUCUUACGGCUGUUAUUAGAAGUGUUAAGUUUCUGUUAUGUUUAGAAACUUUAAUGUCAUAGUUCUUUGGAUUUGCAACGAUCACUAUAAAUUGAAAUUCAGAAUGAACGUAACUAUGCUUGGAUCGUCUUAUAUACUGUAUUUAAGACUUGAUUAUUGAUGGGAUUUAAACACCCAUGGUAACGAAUGAGAAAAGUGUGGAAUAUAUGAAAAUAUUGUUAUCCUAAGUGUUAAAUUCGCUAGGUUUCUAUGAAUUUGUUUCUAACAAGUGAACUUGAUGAAAAUGUAUAGUCAAGGUUUUUAUGCGUUUUCAAACGAGAAUACCUACACUGUUUAUAUGCAUAUGAGGGUAGAAAGUAACUGCUGUAAAUGGUUUUAAAUGUGGCGGAUGGUCAUAACCUUUUUUCAGCCUAUAUAAACUUCCUUGAAUAAAAGAGCUCUGAUUAAAAUACAUGACUGUAUAGAAAAAUUAUGUUAAAGAUCAUACCUAGAAUUAGUGGAUUUACUGUUAAUUUUAUAUGGCUAGAAUGGUCAUGUUUAGAAUUUUCAAGUCGACCUGGCGAGUAAUGAUUCGUUGACCAUCCAUCCAUUCUUCCUAAUUAAUGUCGUACAUGGUCAAAUAUAAAAACGGGAAUGUCUAUCAAUCUUACCCUUGCGGCAUUUCUUUGAUGAAUUUUUGGCUUUAUGUUUUGAAGCCCUUAUGAAAUAGUUUGCAUUUUGGCAUUAAAAUCAUAACACUCCAUCUUCAAACUCUUUCAGUUAAGUGGGCUGCAUAUCGAUUUUUCUUUCUUUCUGGUCACAAACUGUUCUUGAAUUUUCGCCGUACGCUUAAUUUGCGCAGCCUCACAAGAACUUGGUUCCUGAAGAAACUCGACCUCAAUCAUUGCAGGGAACUUCAGGGACAUCGAGGAAAUAAGCGAGUUAAUAAAUACCAUGGGACCUGUCUAGAUAGAAAGCCUUUUUUUACCAAGGCGAGCCAAUGAAGAGGCUUUGCACUUAUUUGUAAUUUCGGAUUUUUUUUAUAACAAAAAAAAAAAGAAGAAGAAAAAAAGGAGGAACCUUUCACUGCUAUGUUCAUAUAUCCAUACAGUGUUCUUUUUUUCACUGACUAAGACUGAAUGAUUUACUACAGAUGCUGUGAUUAAACGUUUCCUUUUCUUUCACCGAAAAGGCUUCUAAACGGAGUUGAAAUGUUAGUUGUCAAAUUACAAAGUUUUGUUAAUCUGUUACUUAGAAUUGUUUAUAACUGUUAUUUGGUUUUGACUGUCAUGCAUAUCAUCUGUUUGGGUUGACUUCUUUAAUUGUUGAUUAUUAUAUUAUCAUAAUACUCUCUUAUUAUUAAAACUGCAAUCUACGUUAUAUAUGUAUAGCGGCUAAAGUAGUGGACCUGUCUGUUUCCUUCUGCUGAGUUUAUGCAUCACCCACUGGUGUGUUCAGAAUAACCUUACUUCUAGAGCUGUGUAGUUGACUGUAUUCAGGUAGAUCGUGUACUGUAGAGAUUUCCAUGUGCUCCAAGGCUGUAAGCAAUACAGUUGCUGAAACCGUA